AUGGCGACCAAGGGCUACGAAAACAAGCGCUCAGAGGUCAACGAGCUGCGCACCCUCUUGCGCAACCCGGAGGUCCAGCGCGACCCCCAGCGCUAUUGCGAGGUGGUGGAAAAGGUCACGCUGUACCAAACCCUGGGCCUCGAUGUCUCCUCCCUCUUCAGUGACAUGGUUUUGGCGUGCGCUACGCGCAGUCUGGUCCAAAAAAAGCUCGUGUACCUAUAUCUCUGCAACUAUGCCCAAUCCAAUUCGGAUCUGACCCUCCUCACAAUCAACACGCUGCAAAAGGAUUGCCGUGACACCAACCCCAUGAUUCGGGGCCUCGCUCUGCGCUCCAUGUGUGGUCUGCGUGUGCCCAAUCUGGUCGAGUACGUGUUGGUGCCUCUGAAAGACGGUUUGGCCGACAAAAGCCCCUACGUGCGCCAAACAGCCGUCAUGGGUUGCGUCAAACUCUUUUACCUCGAUCAGUCUUAUGUCACGGACAACAAUCUGGCCGAGAGCCUCCACGCCAUGAUCCAUGACCGCGACGCACAAGUCGUCGCCAACGCCGUCAUUGCCCUCGAGGAGGUCUUGGCUGCGCGUGGUGGCAUCAUGCUCACGCAGGAGGUUGCCUACAUGCUGUUCAACCGACUGCGCGAGUUUACGGAAUGGAAGCAAUGUGCCGUCAUGAACGUUCUUCUCCGCUACAAGCCCGCUUCGGACGAUGAGGUCUUUAGCAUCCUGAACAUUGUCGAUGAACGACUUAAGCACAGCAACACGGGUGUUGUACUUGGGGCUGCUCGCCUAUUUCUGCACUUUACCGCAGAAAUGGAGGACAUUCAGGAAGACAUUUACGAGCGUCUCAAGACACCCCUCAUCACGCUCAUGUCAUCAGCCCCUGCGGAAGUAUCUUUCAGUGUUCUUCACCACCUGCACACGCUGGUCAAGAAGCGCCCCGAUGUGCUCGCCAAGGAUUUCAAAGCCUUUUUCUGUCGUUUCUCCGACCCAGCCUAUGUCAAGACCAAAAAGCUGGAUGUGCUCGUGGAUGUGGCCAUGGAAAGCAACUUUGAGCCUAUUGUUGAGGAGAUGACCGCCUAUGUGACAGACAUUGAUGUGGAGCGCGCCCGCCACGCCGUGCGUUGCGUGGGGCGCAUUGCUGUUAAAGUGCCCGCGGCCGCCGAACACUGCACCACCCUGCUCGCGUUCCUCGAACUGAACAGCGAAUACGUCACGGCCGAGACCGUGAUUGUGAUGCGUGACUACUUGCGCCACUCGCCGUCCGACGCCGUGGACCUGCUGCCCCAGCUCUUUGAGCUCAUUUCACCCGAUCUCUUCGAUGAUGAGUCGGAUGCUCGUGCAGCUUUUGCAUGGCUUCUGGGGGAAUUUGGCGAACUUAUUGAAGACGCCCCAUAUCUUCUUGAGGCUAUGGUCGAUGACGUCGAGGCUGAAGAGACCGCUGCUGUUCGCCUGCAAUUGCUCAACUCAACGCUUAAACUCUUCUUCAAACGGCCUCCCGAGUGCCAGAAAAUGCUCGGCCGUCUCUUGGAGACGCUGACCUCGGAUGAGAUUCAGCAAGACGUCCACGAUCGCGCGCUUCUGUACUAUCGACUCUUGCGUAGUAAUCCUGACGAGGCUCGGCGCGUCAUCAACGCCACCUUGCCGCCCAUCCUUGAUCAUGACCGCUCAGCCAUGACCGAUAUGGAACUGCGCGAGUUUAACACGCUAAGCGUUAUCUAUGGCCAACCCAGCAUCAACUUCACCGUUCAACAGCCGCCCUACUGUACUUUUGGUACCAUUGACCCCACCGCCGCUCUCAAGCAGGCUCAGCAAGCCAAUGAUGAGGAUGAGGACGAGGAAGAGGAAGCCGAUGACACGCCUUCCUUCACGCAAAGGUGA